GAACCCUGGCUGAGGCAAGAGCCGGGCGUCGGGAUGCAGCGCCCGGGGCCCUUCAGCACCCUCUACGGGCGGGUCCUGGCCCCACUGCCCGGGCGGGCCGGGGGCGCGGCCUCUGGAGGAGGCGGGAACAGUUGGGGUGCCUUGGGCUCCCACGUGCGGUCGCCAGUGUGCGCUCAGUCUGGGAUUCCUUGCGGCGUAGGCGGAACGAGCAGCAGCGGCGGGGAAGCCGGCAGUGCCUCCCUGGCCCCCUGCACGAUGUCCAAGGCUGAGGAGGCCAAGAAGCUUGCGGGCCACGCGGCAGUGGAGAAUCACGUGAGGAAUAACCAAGUGCUGGGAAUUGGAAGUGGUUCUACAAUUGUCCAUGCUGUGCAGCGAAUAGCGGAAAGAGUGAAGCAGGAGAACCUGAGCCUUGUCUGUGUCCCCACUUCCUUCCAGGCCCGCCAGCUCAUCCUGCAGUAUGGCCUAACACUCAGCGACCUGGACCGACACCCAGAGAUCGACCUCGCCAUUGAUGGUGCUGAUGAAGUAGAUGCUGAUCUCAAUCUCAUAAAGGGCGGUGGAGGCUGCCUGACCCAGGAGAAGAUAGUGGCAGGCUAUGCCAGUCGCUUCAUCGUGAUUGCUGACUUCAGGAAGGAUUCAAAGAACCUUGGGGAUCAGUGGCACAAGGGAAUCCCCAUCGAGGUCAUCCCCAUGGCGUAUGUCCCAGUGAGCCGAGCUGUGACUCAGAAGUUCGGGGGCAUGGUUGAACUGAGAAUGGCCGUCAACAAGGCAGGUCCUGUGGUGACGGAUAAUGGGAAUUUUAUCCUGGACUGGAAGUUUGACCGGGUGCACAAAUGGAGUGAAGUGAACACAGCUAUCAAAAUGACCCCAGGUGUGGUGGACACAGGCCUCUUCAUCAACAUGGCUGAGAGAGUCUAUUUCGGGAUGCAGGACGGCUCAGUGAACAUGAGAGAGAAGCCUUUCUGCUGACCCUGCAGGAGUGGAGGGUGUUUACCUGGAGUCCCCAGCCCACAGCCAGGUGGAUGUGCCUCUCCAGGAGCCUUUGCCUUAACAUGUCUGUGCCAGGGGGCCGGCGGCAGGAUGGGGGUGCGGGCUAAAUCCAGUCUUCUUGUAUUGUUAUUAAAUGUCUUUUUUAAAAAGAGAAAUAUAAACAUAUAUUUUUACUAUUAAAAAUACUCUGUUUUCUAAAUAAAGUACAACUUGAUUUCAUGUUUUAUAUAAAACAUUUACCAAAAAAAGAAGGGAACUGUCUUUUAAACUUUCACCCUGAGCCUGCUGGUUAAGUUUCUGAAUGUUGAGUUUGCUGAGUAAUGUAAACCAGAACUUUUUUAAUUGGUACAGGAAGGGUCCAGCAGCAGUGCCUCCCUGGCACCUUACAGGAAGCGUUGGAGCCUGCUUUUCUGCUGCACUCCUCCUUGGACUUUAGUUUUGUUGUGGUCACUCACAGUAUCAGGCACAGCACCUUGUUACACAUCUUAAGAUGUGGUUUACAGAAGUCUGGUGCAUGUGGCGUGAGACGUGCAGUCUCUGAGCUCCCGGGAUACACACAGUCCUUCCAUGAGGCCAGGGGUUCGCUCAGGCCCUGCUGUUAGAAGCAGUUGGCCAGAAACACUGGUUAGUAAGUGCUGCUGUGGAGUGGGAGACGCCUGUAAGUGCUCGUCUGUGUUGUUAGUAUUUUGUCGCUUCCUUCAUUAUUACUUGCAUGGCUCAGCAUCAGAGAUUCUCGCCUCUGUAUUGUUUGAGGGUGGGAAUAAAGCAAUAUGGUGCCGGUAGUCUUUGUCUUUGUUAUAGAAUCUGCAGCAGCAUUGCGGUGAAAUAGAAUCCAUUUUGCUCACCCAGUUUACAUUGGAUCUCUGAUAAGGGAUGGAAUUUACUCAAGACGUCUUGAGCCAGAGAGUAGGCAAACAUUUUCUUCAUUUCUGAGAGAGCUCAGUGUACAUUUUAUUUUCUUUGUUAGUCAAGGAUAACAAAACUAAACCAGUCAGAUCACUCCCAAGUUUUGUUAGUGCAACCUUUAGAAAUGGCAGCUGCCAAGCAGUGAUGUGGGUGAC